AGCCGAUGAUUUACGAGUCUGGCCGAUUUUUUUUUCCGGACGUUGUUCCGUUGCAGUUUUUUUCCCCCUUUGCACUCUUCUUUCUUGUCCCAGAGAAACCGGUCGGUACGGUGUGUGUGUGUAUGAGUGCGUUCAAAACGCAAUGUGCCUUUAUUCUAAAGAGCGUGUUUGUGUUUUACGUCGGCGGACACACCGCAGCACCUCGAGCAGGAACACAGCCCAGCAACAGCCUUUGUUCGGACAGAGGACUACUUGUGCCAUUCCCGAGCCACGCCAUUGAAUUUCCUGUGCUCAGUGGACACAGUGUGCAAGCAUGAAGACCUGGACAGUGGACGGAAGCUGGGAGUAGGACAUGCGCUUAUAAGACGGACUGUUGUUUAAAAAACAAGAAAGGAAAAAGGUCACCUACGCUUUCUGAUUUCUCACUGACUAAGUGACAUCUGGGGGACUUCAUCUCAGAGUCUCAUAAUCAUCAUCAUCAUCAUAGGACACGUAUUAAAGGGUGAAUCUGAAGCCAGGUGCGAACUGCUGGACUCCAUACCACGGCUUUUCACUGAACCCUCACCUUGAGCUAUGACGUCCCCACCCUCUCCUCUGACCUCCCCUUGUCCAUGUCCUCCUCCCCCUCCCUCCCUGCCCUCGUCCCCGGCCCCGUCCUCUCCUGCGCCCUCCACGGCCCCGGUGCCUCCUUCUCUGCCCCCUACAGGUGAAGUAAUGGUGAUGGCCCUGGGACGGAGGAAACAGAGACUAUUCAUCGCACUUUCCAUCUUGCCCAACCUCUUCUUGGCAUUUCUGCUGUCUUCUGACUCACUGGUGACCCUGUCAUCACCCCAUCACUGUCACCUGUCUGUGUCUAACCCCACAGAAGAAGUGCUAAACGCCUCACUGCCCUGGGAGAAGGGUACUAGGGAAGGAGAAAGUGGGGGGCUUUCCCAGUGCACCCAGUACUUGUUUGUUAAUGGCACUCGCUCUGGUGUAGUGAACUGUGAAGCUGGGUGGGACUUUAAUGUCACAGAAGGCCUGAGGAAUAACAUUGUCACUGAGUGGAAUCUGGUGUGCUCUCAGUAUUGGCUGGUCCCAGUGGAGGAAGUGUGCUUCAUCCUGGGAAUCCUCAUAGGCAGCCUGGGCCUUGGAUAUGCUGCUGAUCGACUGGGCCGACUGAAGACCCUGUUGAUCUCUCUCACGUUGUCUGUGGUUUUUGGUAUAAUGGUGUGUGUGUCUCCAUCACCCCCCAUGUUCAUCGCCAUGCGCUUCUGCUUGGCUGCUGCCACUGCCGGCGUUUAUCUCACUCUGUAUAUUGCACGUUUGGAACUAUGUGACCCUUCACUGCGUCUCCUGGUGACCAUGAUUGCAGGACUGACAACAGUUGCUGGGGAGCUCUUAUUGUUGGGAGUAGCUGUUGGAUGCCCGACGUGGAGGGGGUUGAUUGGAACCGGCGCAGCACCUCUUUCUCUCUUCCUAUGUUUUGGUAUUCCAGGUGUCUUUCCAGAGUCUCCACGUUGGUUAUUGCUCUCAGAGUGGGCAAGUGACAUGAACUCGUUCCGUGAACACAGCGAGCGACAAAGAGAAGAUGACAGCUUCACAGAGCUGGAGUCGGAGUCCCCACAGAAUGGUCGUCCCCACUUGUCCUUUCCAGAACUACUCCAGAGCCGAAACAUAUGGAAAAACAUGUGUGUGCUGGGGUUUACCUCGUUCAUCUCUCAUGGCAUUAGUCACUGUUACAGCUCCUUCAGGGGCGAUGUCCGAGGCACGACUUCCAGUUUCUAUUGGACCUACCUGCUGUCUGUCUGUGCAGGGGGUGGAGCUUGGCUGUUGCUCUGGGCAACAGUGGACCGGUGUGGUCGCCGUGGAAUCCUCUUGCUGGCCAUGACGAUGACGGGGCUUGCCUCUCUCAUUCUACUGGGCUUGAUGGAGUAUCUGAGCGAAUCAGCCAUUACGGUGUUCUCCGUGAUGGGCCUGUUCUCAUCGCAAGCUGCUGCAUCUCUGUGUGUCCUCUUUACUGCUGAAAUCAUGCCCACUAUCAUUAGGGGAAGCGGGUUGGGUGCUAUCCUGGCUCUUGGCUGCGUGGGUCGACUUAGCUCUCCUUUAAUGGACCUGCGCAACCACUACGGCUAUUUCCUGCACCAUGUUGUCUAUUCUUCUCUUGCCCUGCUGGCUGUCCUGUCCAUUCUGCUGCUUCCAGAGAGCAAACGGAAGCCCCUGCCACAGACACUGGCUGACGGAGAGCAAUACAGGCGCCCGCCACUAGGCCGGAAGAGGAGGGACAACGUUCCUUUGCUUGCCACACCAAAUCCAGAGACCUAGCCGUCGUUGUAGACACACACGCACCAGUUCACCUUAGCCAUUCCCCCAACUCUCACCAUGUCUGUGUGGCAGAGGAGGAGAGGGGGAGCAUGGGACAAACCUUCUUAACCCCCCAUCCUGUAAUCAUUCCUAACGCGUAAACGGAGCUUUAGCAUGCCGAGUCUACCAGGGCUCCUGCCGAAGCGCGAGGGGUGAGAAAUUCGACAGUGUAGAGAGCCAGGUGUGCUCAGUAGUGACUCAGGGCUCAACUACAGCCACUGCAGUGAGUGCCAAUGUCAUAUACCAUGCAGCAGGUGGUAACCUGAAAAAAGUAACACACCAGACAGUCGCCAACACGGACCUAACACAAGUGUGUAUGGCCCUUUUAGCACUGAGUGACAAAGACUCUAAUAAUAUCAGCCCCACUUCACACAGGCAAGGGCUCAAAAUACAACCGUCAUUUUUUUGUAAAUACGCUAAAUAUACUCUUUCUGAACAGAAAUAGAACAUAAAAGGUAGGGAGGUAAUAGAAAGUUGCUCCUGCUGGCCCAUCAGCACAAUAAAAAAUUUAGCAGGUUCUUCUGUUAUGAACGGGUAGUUUUAUACUGGUUAAGGUACUGGUUAUUCUGAUUUGUGUAUGCUGGACUGUGGCAUGCUGACAGAAGAGGAGAAUUUAUCUUACACAGAUAUGCUCCUGUAGUGCUCUCAUAGACACUUUAGGGUUGGAUGAAACAGGACUGAAUCUGGCACUCAGUGUGCAGUGAAGGAAAGGACGAGCACUGGAGUUUCUGUUUUGGUCAUGCUCUGAGCACAAGCUUAGAAGAUGGGCCAAAGUAACAGAAGAACUAAAUAAUGCAGCCUUGUCUUAGAAUCACCUCUCUGUCAAAUCAUUUUUUUUGUUAAUUUAUUUUUUUAUAUGCACUUAAUUAUUUACCGGUAGUAAUAAUGACAAUUAAUGAUUGUUAUAAUAAUUGCUAAAAGUGACUUGACAGUAGUAAUAAGACUGUAAUGACUGAUUGCUUAAGAUUAUUUACCAAGUAAUAACAUGUGCUGUAAAUAUGUUAAUAACCCUUUAACCUAAUUUAAUUGAAAAUAAAAUCUCCAAAAAAAGAAAAUUGCCUCCGACUUUG